ACAGUGGCUAGGGUGGGCCUGCCUGGGGAUCGCAGCACCGUCUCAAAAGCGCCCAUUGGGAGCGCAGGAGGCCACCGUGCUGCAGUGGCUCUGUGGGACUUCAGCUUUCCAGAGCUCACGGCAGCUGUACCCGCAGCUCCAUGGCCAUGCACUUGUUCCUCCUGGGCCUUCUCCUGCUGCUGCCGCCACCCGUACCUGCUCCUUGCUACACCGCCACUCGGUCAGAAUGCAAGCAGAAGCACAAGUUCGUGCCAGGUACAUGGCUGGCUGGGGAAGGCGUGGACGUGACCACCCUCCGCCACUCCCGCUCCUUCCCAGUGAACACACAGAAUUUCCUGAGGCCUGACCGCACCUGCACCCUCUGUAAAAACUCCCUGAAGGGAGAUGCUAUACAACGCCUGCCCCUGGCAGUCGCCCACUGGCGACCUCACGGCUCAGGCUGCCAACGCAAAGUGGCCACAGUCAAGGUUAGCUCCACGGAGGGCGUGGCCCGGGAUGCAGCUACUAACAUCAAUAAUGACUGGCGUGUGGGGCUGGAUGUGAACCCCAAACCAGAGGCAAACAUGCACGUGUCCAUGGCUGGCUCCCACUCCAAGGUAGCCAACUUUGCAGCCGAGAAGACCUCUCAGGACCAGUACAACUUUAACACGGACACCGUGGAGUGUCGCCUGUACAGUUUUCGCCUGGUACAGAGACCCCCACUGCACCCCGAUUUCAGAAGGGCACUCAGGAACCUUCCCCCCAGCUUUAACACCUCCACAAGGGAUGCUUAUGACAGGCUCAUCUCCUCCUACGGUACCCACUUUAUCACGGCUAUGGACCUAGGUGGCCGCAUCUCAGCCCUCACGGCCCUGCGCACGUGUCAGCUGGCUCUGGACGGGCUGACAGCUGAUGAGGUAGGAGACUGCCUGAACGUGGAGGCCCAGGUCAGCAUCGGUGCCCACGCCAGUGCCUCGAGCGAAUUCAAAGCCUGCGAGGAGAAGAAGAAACAGCACAAGAUGACCACCUCUUUCCACCAGGCCUACCGAGAGCGUCAGGUCGAAGUGGUUGGAGGCCACCUUGAUGCCGCGAUGCAUGACCUGCUCUUUGGGAACCAGGCCACACCCGAGCAGUUCUCAACCUGGGUAACCUCGCUGGCCAGCAGUCCCGGUGUGGUGGACUACAGUCUGGAGCCUCUGCACCUGCUGGUUGAAGAACAGAACCCCAGGCGGGAAGCGCUGAGACAGGCUAUCAGCCAUUAUGUGAUAAACAAGGCUCGUUGGCGGGACUGUAGCCGGCCCUGUAGGGCUGGCCAGCAUAAGAGUUCCAGUGACUCGUGCCAAUGCGUAUGCCACGAUUCGAAGGUCACCAACCAGGACUGCUGUCCACGCCAGAGGGGCUUGGCCCAGCUGGUAGUGACAGAUUUCCAGGCAGAGCAUCUUUGGGGGGACUACUUCACAUCUUCUGAUGCUUAUGUGAAAGUUUUCUUUGGUGGCCAGGAGUUGAGGACCACUACAGUGUGGAACAAUAACAAUCCCAAGUGGACUGACAAGCUGGACUUUGGGAAUGUGCUCCUGGCCACGAGUGGACCCCUGAGGGUGCAGGUCUGGGAUGCUGAUAACGGCUGGGACGAUGACCUUCUUGGUUCUUGUGACAGGGCUCCCAAGUCUGGCUACCACAGGACGACCUGUAGCCUGAACCAUGGCAGUGUGACGUUUGUCUACAAUAUUAAGUGUUUGCUGCACCUGACUGGAGAGACCUGCCUGGAGUAUGCCCCCGUGAAGCUUCCAGGAGACCCUCCGGGAAACCGCAGCGGGGCUGUGUGGUAAGCAGCAGCACGCCUUUAAUCCCAGCACUCGGGGAGGCAUAGACAGGUGGAUCUCUGUGAGCUGGAUGCCAGCCUGGUCUACACAGGGAGACCUGUCUUGAAAAAAGAAAACAAUAAAAUAGCACACUCUGAAAGCACUUGAGUGCUUGACUGAGUUCUCUCAGCGAAUCCACAACGGCUCACUAUGCAGUAAAGACUGAGACUUGAACUUCUCACUGAAGUGGCUGAGUUUAUAUAACAGCUUCCCUGACCUUCCCUGUCCACACUGCCUCAGCCCUCCCAUGUCACCAAGCCUAACAUCUACUGCUACACAGCACAAACAUUGGCCAGGAGUCCAACUGAAGGCCAGGACGCUGUGUCCCCCCAGCUUUAAGGCCCUCCUUGGCAUACAAGGCCAUCUGUUAGAGAGGACCCCUGUGUCCCAAUCCUGUGUGCCUUUUGUCCCCCAUUCUGCUCCUGACAAAUCAAGGCCUGUGACACCAAGCACAUAGCUUGAUAGAAGGCCAAUGGUAAACAUGCUGGUGGCACGGUGGCAGAGAAGAGGGGACAAAUAGUGCCACAGGAAUAGACUUCUGUGUCCAACGACCCAGCUUUGUAAAAUGGAUAGUCAAGAAGCAUAAGCAAACUGUUUCUUUUUUCUCUAUGUUUUCUGGUACUGGUAACUUACUUCAGUCAAGAAAUGGCAGCAUACACUCAAUAAUAAAUCAUGAUGGGCAUUCAA